CUGCCUUGAUCUGAAUAAUGUAUAUAGUUUAGUGGACAAAACUUGUUUCUAAGGAUGUCACUUCUUAUACUAUUAUAGAUAAUAUCAACUUUUAAUAAUAAGAUAUGGAUUUCUCAAUGUAAAGUCAAAAAAAAAAUUAUACGACAUGGCCAAAACAAAUGUUGUCCUACCUAGAAUUCGUGGUGGUAGACCACAUGAAAGAUCUUUUGACUUGGUGGAACAAGAUUAUAAUGCCAUACAAGUGGGUCCAGCUCGUAGAAUUACUGUAGAAGACAAUGAUCGUUUAAUUGUUAAUCAAGGAGAUGACAGCAUACACCCACGACUCCAUGCUUUGGAAGACAAAGUUACACAAGCCAUAAUUGCCCAAAAUGUUGUCUUGAAAGAACAACAGAAGGUUACUGAAGCCAUCAACCAUCAACAGCAAAUGACCCAAGCAUUAAUUGACAAAGCUUUCCAAAAUCGUGAGGAGUUUCUUCAUAAUCUUAGUGAAAUUCAAGGAGAGAGACUGGAGGAUAGUACAAGACAUUUACUCCAAGACCACAUACGUUACAUCACAUCUAUUGUCAAGCGUUUGAAUCAGGAUAUUGAGGGUCUUGAAGCAGAGAUAAGAGCAAGAGAUCAUGGAAUCUUAGGAACUAAUGCUGCUGUUGGAAAGUUAGAAGUUCAUAAUAUAACAUCAUUACAAGACUUGAGGGGUCGUAUUGUCAGAUGUGAUGCCAGUAUUGCCAAGCAUUCAUCAGAUAUCAGGAUAUGUUUUGGUGACAUACAGCGUGUUAUAAAUGAUCAGUACAAGGCGCACACUGCAGUUCAAGAGGUCGUACAUAAAAUGGAAUCACAAAUUUUAGCACUAGCUAGUGAACUAGAGAAAUUGGCAGGUAUUAGCUCAAAAGAUUUAUUACACAUGAAAAAAGAUGCUAGACGUGAUCUUGGUUUAGCAACUGAAAGAAAUGAAAAUUCUCUUAGAGAUAUAAAAAACGCCUUAACUCUGUACAAAUCCAGUAUGAGUGGCGAUAUAGACAGAAUAGAAAAUAGAAUGUCUGCCAUGGUGGAAAAAGCAACAAAUACCUGGACACAAAUGUUGGGAAAAUUAGAAAGUCGGUUGGAAGACAAUGUUUUCUCUAUACAAGGAAGAUUAAGCAGGGUAGAAUCAGCUGUAGCAAGAGACAGACAAAUUAUCAAUAAUUUACAUGCGGUAAUUGAGAACACUGUACUAUCUAAAUUUGAGGAUUACAGCAGAUUUCAUCAGGCAGAACUACAGACAGCUAAGAACGAGUUCCGUGAGGGAUUCACAUCAGUACAUGACAGUAUCAGUAAUGCUAAACGUGUUGUUGAAGGCAAACUUAAACUGCAAGAGGAUAAACUAAAAAAGGAUGUGAACCAAGUUAGAAAACUAGUUGUACUCCACUGAUGAUGGUCUACAGAAAGUCUCAAUUUAGGACAAAAGUUAAUCAUUAGAAUUGUGAAACUUGCUGUAUACAAGUUUUCAGGAUCCUUUUUCUUUUCCUGCAAAAACAUUCAUUCAAAUGUUCGUAAAUGUUAUACAUUGUCAAUAUUGGAUUAUUUACAGUGUAAAAUUAUUUAUUUUUAUACAUGUACAUGUAUGUUAUUUAGUGUUUAUUUGAAUUUCUGAUUAUGUUCAUGGUGAUUGUGUUAACUUGCUUCAAAAUUCAAAUUUGACGGUAAAAUUUUUAAUUUGUUAUUUGAAUUGAUGAUUUAAAAAUUUCCAGUCCAUCUUAAGCCACCAAUUUAUUGUUUAUAAAAUUAUGUCUUUUUUAAAUACAUCUGAGGAGGCAUAAUUGAUUAUGUACAUUAACAUGUAGUGACUAGCAAAAUAUAUGAAUUCAUCACACUAAUGGCUUUUUGGCAAUUUGACACAUAUAGUUUGCUUAAAGGGGCAUUAACUACGAGAUAUAGAAAAAAUCAAAUAAAAUUUCUUUUUGUUCAAUGAUGAAUGAAAGUGAAAUGGUGAUAUAAUAACUUGCUUUUGACAGUCAGUUUAUUUCAGUUUUGCCAAAAUAAGCAAAGAAACAUCGCUUAUGAAUUAUUCACUUGCAAGUGAAUAUUUCGACCUCCUUAAAUCAGUAUUGUGUGAACUUCUAUUGAACCCCUUAGCUACAGCUGGAUUACGCAUGAACUAGGCGUGUUCAGCUUUUAAGAAGAAAAGAAUGUCAACAUUGGAAGUGAAACAAGGGUCAACCCAUCUACAAAAACUAAUUUUUAUACAGGUAUAAACGAUUAUUAACAUGUUUUUUAAACCUAUAACAUGAAAUCAAACAGACCUAGAAAAAUCCAAUUGCACGAGUUCCCUAUCUAUUUAUAUCUAUGUUUAUGUUUAUAUCAGGUGAUAUAACCAUCGGCAGUCUUCGGUUCAAUUCGGUGUACUUGAAUUUGACAGCUAAUGCCCCUUUAACUGCUUCAUCUUAAAUAAUUACAAAACAGUUUUUCACCAGCUAAUUGUAGUUUUUAAGAUAAUAGCUAAAAGUGCAAAAAUUAGUAAUAAGGGUCAAUUGAGGGCAAUGACUACCAUUAGGAAUUCUCUGCCGAUUUUAGGGAAAAUAGCAUUGGAGGACAUUUUAGCGCCAAAGUAUAGCCCAUUUAAGUGCCAGAUUUCUUACCCAUUUUAGCGAAAAGUGAAAAUAUCAAUAGAAAAACAAAGGAUAUGGGGUAUCCAUCCAUGACACAAGAUCAGUACAUGCACAGCAAAAAACACACAAAAAGCAAAGGAACAGCACUUUUAUUGCAGUUCUGCAUCUUUAAGGCCAUCAACACAGAGCAAAAAAAUCUCACCUCACUGCAAUUUUAAGAUGACCACAAGCACCGGCUUGAGCGGAAGCCCAUUUCAGCGACAGAUAUUAAUUCUUAGUAGAAUGAUACAUUUUAAUGGUAUCAAGACAGCACAAUAUAAAAAAAAUCAUGCACAUUAAAAUACAGCACUUAAAGUUAAAAAUAGGUAUCUCAAAUGUUUAAUUGUCAAUUCAUGUCCCAGUAAACCUACAUAACGGACUCUUGAUAUACCCCCUGUACAAAUUUGUUCACAAAAUUGUGACUAGAUUGAAAAGCAGAUUCAUCUUAUACUUCUUAUUUUGAUAAAUGUUGUUGUUAUUCGAUAAUAUCAUCCAGAAACGUAAAUGACUGGGUGAAGUCAGCCAUCACAUGUCACACUUUUAUUUCCUCUGUUUGUAUACACAACACUUAUUUCCAUUAUUAACCAAUUGGAAAUGCAAACAACUUAAACAAUGAGUUAGCAUAAAUUGCUGUUCACAGUUUUAGUAUGGUAAGUUUGUAUUCAACCAGGUUAGUUUUUCGCUUAAAGGGGCUUUCAAAAAUACAAGUAAACGGAUUAAUCCAAUGCUAAAAUGGGCUAAAAUAUCCCCUAGUAGUUUUAAAUUUUUUUUGCUAAAAUGUCCUGUGCCCAAAAAUAGAGAGUGGGCAUAACUUAAUAUUCUGAACAUUUUUGCCUUGUUCAAGUUUUCUAUCUUUUAUGGUUUUUAAGAUAUGAGAAAAAUUCUGACAUUGAUGACAGAAGAGGGUGACAGCUGAAGCCAAAGCCAUAUUGGCAUGUGACCCUAAAAUGUGAAUGAGUUCAGACAGCACUAUUCAAAACUGUCAUUUCUAUUUGUAUCAUGAAUAUUUGAAUAAAAGAUCAAUUUCA